CCGCCUGAGCCAGCGGGCAAGUAAGUCAGAGCGGCGACGGUCUCGCUGCGCCUUGGAAGGCUGUAGGUCACCGCCGCGAGACCCUGCGCCCGCGGAUGACGUCGGGGCGAAGCCACACGAGGAGUGAAAACUGAGUUUACCUUGACUGUGUACUCACCUCUGGCCAGCCCCGCACCCGUUGGCCUGUGGCGGCCGAGCCGCUGGUCCUCGAGGCCGCUCCGGAGCCGCAGUUGCACACUGGACCAGUGAAUGACCCUAGGCCUUUACGUGCAGCAGGGUCUCUCAGGAGGAAUGGCGGCCCAGGGCAGCCUGCUUCGCCUGCUCUGGCAGCAUGGGAUGACAAGAGCUGCCCCUGAGAGCUGCCGCCACCUGUAUAUGUCCUCUUGGCGGGCUGAUUGCAACAGAGCCUCGCUCACUCGAUUGCACCGGCAGACCUACGCACGCCUCUACCCUGUUCUCCUGGUCAAGCAGGAUGGUUCCACCAUCCACAUCCGCUAUCCGGAACCUCGCCGGAUGCUCACAAUGCCUGUGGACCUGGACUCCUUGUCCCCAGAGGAGAGGCGUGCACGAUUGCGAAAACAAGAGGGCCAGCUCAGAGAGAAGGAGGAGGAGCCAGAGCUCGGUGACGACUUUGAUGUGGAGCGGUACAAGCAGUUCUGGACCAAAAAGUGAUGGUGCCUGGAAGCUGCUGUGUCCUAGGGAACGCUGUGAAGCAGGGAGGGGCACGUGUCUUUAAAUCAUGAGUUGAGGACGCUGUCUCUUGUGAAAUCAAUACAAAAAGGACAUUCAAAUAACA